AUGACUGCAGGCGAUAAGUUGUCAGGUGUGCAGCAGCUGUUAUCGACGAGGAGCGUAAUAUCAGAUAUUAAACACUCAAUCGCUAUCAAGUGUGAAAACAUCUUGAGAUCUCCGGAGGAAAAUAUUAACUUACUUAGAGACAUUAUAAAGACUUUUGAAUCUGAACAUUUCCGAAAACUCAGGCAAAUUAGGGCUUUGGUUAUUGCCUCUUUGUGUGUCGUUUUCAAGGACGUGCUACCUGCUUACCGCAUACGACCUGCUACUGAGAAAGAAAAGUCUCAACCGACUAAAAAAGAAACUAGGAAAAUAUGGUAUUAUGAGGAACACUUACUUUUAAAUUACCGGAAGUAUACUGAAUUGCUCAGAGUUAUCCUAAGAGACAAGUGUUUGGACAUGAAGUCUCCUCGUUUGAAAAUAUACUCAAAAUUGGAUUGGAAUGAAAACGAAAAGCUAGCUGCCAUAAGGUGCGUCUGUCAGCUCUUAGAAAGUCAUCCAGACUUCAACUACAGCAAAGAGUUAAUAGAAGUUUUACCCCCUUACCUCAACAUUACAAGGACGCAGGUUUCCUCACUGAUAAUAAAGACUCUGAAUAACAUGUUUGAAAACGAUACUGAUCGAGACGUUACUCUAACGAUCUGUCGUACCAUUCAUCGCUUUUGUCGGUCAAAGUCUUAUAAAGUUGGAGUCUCCGUCAUUAAGGCUUUGUCUUGUGUCUCUAUUACAGAGGUCGAACGCCAUGAAGAGGAAGGAAAGCCUAAGCUCGAUAGGCGUCUACGUUCACGGCGUGAAAGAAAGGAGUCCAAAAUGGAGCGCAAACUUCAGAAGGAGAUGGCUGAGACCCAGUCCCUUCAAACAAGAGAAAAACGUCUGAAAAUGAACACCUUGGUUAUGAAUGAAGUACUGUUUGUUUUCUUCAAAAUUUUGAAAACAACAUCUGACUCUGAACUUUUGUCUGCCAUUUUUAAAGGAUUAUCUAAAUACGCCAAGUUAAUCAACACACAGUAUGUUGACAAUCUUAUGUCUGUUCUAAAUGGGAUGGUAGCAAAAAAAUCAACCAGCAUUGUGGAUGGUCUACAUUGUGUACAUACAGCUUUGUCUAUCAUAUCGUCAUCUGAUGCGUCUGAUGUUCUCACUACAGAUCCUACUACAUUUUGUAAUCAUUUAUACACUAUCCUGGGACGCAUCGCGGGCGUCAGUGUGAGUAAUAUAACAGAGAGUGACAAUGCAGUUUCUCACUUAUCUUCCAUAAUCAAAGCCUAUGAUCGCUCGAAUACCCCAGCUGCACAAGCUGUUGCCAAUCUUGUGCAACGAUCUAAAAUCACCGAAAGUUCGAAUAAAACUACAUGUUCAGAUGAAACCACUUCUGUUACUGCCAGUAUAAGCAAUAGGAUUAGUGCGUACGAAAUGGAACAUAUCUCAGAUACCCUUAUAUCUUGUUUAAAUAUACUUCUUGUGAGAAGAAAACAUGAGGUUUCAACCAACCGAAUCCUCGCAUUCUCGAAGCGUUUAUCUAGCGCAGCUUUGGCAGUAUCAGAUCCAUACUGCUCCAGUUCCUUGCUUAUCAAGCUUUUCCAUCUUCUUCGGCUUUUUCCGCGUUGUGAAAUUCUAUUCGACUGUGAUCCAGAAAUAUGCAGUAACUAUAAACCAGAUGUGAAUGAUCCAGAAUUAUGCUUUCCUGCCAGCGCAUGUUUAUGGGACCUACUUCUAUUAAAAAAGCAUUCUGAUCCCGUGGUAAAUCAACUAGCUAAUUUAAUUAUGCAAUGGGGAAACGAUGUUUGUGUUGGGGGGAUAGGAGUUACUUCGACAAAACAGUACAUGCUACAUAUCGAUGGGAGACAAGUUUCUUUAGACCAUCUAACGCAUCUGUCAUCUGAUGAUCUCCGUAUUGAAUUAAAGACUCUUAUCGAGAAAGACAUUAGCGUUCCUGAAAUACAAUCCACAAAACAAAUAAACACUUCCGAUUUCCAGUUAUCGGAUUCAUUCAUAAAAUACUUAUCAGAAUAUGAUCUAACUUCAGAUGUUGA